UAAUUAAUGUAUAACGUAUAUUAAAUUGAUGCGUUAAACUGCAAUGUAACGUUAAUCGUAAUCAAAUGGACGUACGACUUCGCACAAGAUGCGCGUAAACAUCGUUCUUUGUUUUCUGACGACUACCUUGGUUAUAGCAAUAUCAGCUCAAAAUCCAAAAACAAUUCUUGCGGAACAAUCAACAACAAGAACCGAAACGACAUCAAAAAGGUGUGUUACGUCUAGAGGAGACAGCGGCAGUUGUGUUGGACGGAACCGAUGUGACUACGGAACUCAGUACAUAGAUUUUACUCUCUAUGUACCACAUGGUUACAUCAAACAAUGUUUCGAAGACCAAGUGUGCUGUCCGCCUAAAUUCGUGACACCCGAACCUGAGCAAUUAUUUAAACCUACUGAUGAUUACGAUUUUGAUGAUGAUGAUUAAUUAAAAAAAAUAGUAUAACACGCACUGAUCUUUGCAAAUGGAUAAGACAUUGCUUGCAAAUGACAGCGUUUGCAUUGUUCAAUAUCCACCUCAAACUGCAACUGUCAAAAUGACGAUGAUGAAACAGGCACAAAAUACCAAGAUUUAUCUAUGUAUAGAGGUCGGUGAAUACUGGCCAUAAAUUACAAACUCAUUUUCGACUGCAGUCAAAGAGAAUGAUAGCAAUAUGUAUUAUGUCUUGUUUGCAUUAUUCCAGUCCAGCGCAUGAUUCCAACUGGCUAUAAAAACCCGCACUGGAGCUGGAAUGCAUUCUAGUGAUUAAUACAAUCACCAAAGCAGUUCUAUGACUUUACGAAUGAUGAACUUAAUUCCAGAAACAUUUCGUUGCUAACUUCACACAACUUAGUAAGACGUAUAUUUUUUUUAAAAGUACAAAUAUUAAUUACAUAUAAGAGAUCUAAUACAUUAAGGGAAUAAAAAA